GAUCGGGACAGCUAACCGCUUGUCUUGGCAAAUGGCCAAUGGCGCUCUUGCAUCUGGAUAUGUAUAAAACAUGGUCUCGAGGAUAUCCAGAUGAGAUUGUGAGAGCUCCGGUGUCAGGCUUCUACGAUGAAGUCGAUUCUUGUAAUUGCGGCAGCUGCUGUCGCAGUUGCACAGAAUAUCGUGACUUCAGGAACGCACAAUGCACUCACUAAACGCAACACAACGCUUCCCAGCAGCUUCAAAUGGACAUCUACCCAGGCCUUGAUCUAUCCGAAGAACGAUAGCAGAGCAAUUGCAGGUAUCAAAGACCCCUCUAUAAUCUUGGUCAAUGGCACCUACCACGUCUUCGCUAGCACAGCGAAAGUCGAAGAUCCCAGCUACUCUCUCGUCUACUUCAACUUCACUUCCUUCGACAAAGCCGGCUCUGCACCAUUCACCUAUCUUGACCAGUCAGGUAUCAGCACGGGCUAUCGAGCAGCACCAGAAGUAUUCUAUUUCGAACCACAGAAACUCUGGUAUCUCAUCUUCCAAAAUGGCAAUGCAGCCUACAGCACGAACCCCGACAUCAACAAUCCACUCGGCUGGUCAGCCCCAACAGACUUCUACAACGGCACGCCUGCGAUCAUCGAGAACUAUCUCCCCGGUGGCUAUUGGGUCGACAUGUGGGUCAUCUGCGACGACGCACAUUGUCACCUCUUCUCUUCCGACGACAACGGCCGCCUUUUCCGCAGCCAAACGCCCCUCGUCGACUUCCCCAAAGGCAUGAGCGAGCCCGUAAUCGCGCUGGAAGAAGCCUCCAAGUACGACCUCUUCGAGGCGUCCAACGUGUACAGCACCGGCAACUCGUCUUACCUGCUUCUUGUAGAGUGCAUCGGCGUGGCGGGGCGUUACUUCCGGUCGUGGACGAGUUCAGACAUUGCUGGCCCGUGGAGUGCACUUGCUGCGACCGAGGACCAUCCUUUCAUGGGUGAGAAGAACGUGGUCUUUGAAGGUGCGCAGUGGACGAGGAGCAUUAGCCAUGGCGAAGUGAUUAGGACGGAUAUUGAUCAGCAUCUUAGAAUUGAUACGCAUGGAAUAAGGUUCCUGUAUCAGGGCGUGGAUCCGAAAGUGAGCACAGAUUAUAACAACUUGCCGUGGAGACUCGGGCUUCUGACGCAGGUCGAGGACGCGUAGUGGGAUAAGGGAAACGGGACUGCUGAGUGUUACGCAGCUAGUCGUAUUGCGUAUACAAUGGUAAACAACGACUGAGCAGCGCGCGCGGAUACAG